CACGGCAUGUUCACUUUAUUUAAACAGUCAAUGAAAUUUUCUUCAAUCAUUUUUUAAAAAUUUAUUAAAAUGACAUCAAGGACAAUUGUACAUGCAAUGCACGAGUACCAGAUAGCUCGUUUGAAUUUUGUAAAAUCAAUGUCGGAUUUAGCUUCGAGGUCUCAAAAUAUUGAAAAUCUUGAAGCUGCUGGAGUGCUGAAUUUACUUGGACCACUUGUCAUUGAUAUUAAUCCAACAGUUCAACAUACAGCUGUAACAGCCUUGGGAAAAAUUGCCAAUCAUGAUGAAAGACUUGCUCGUGCUGUUGUCAACAUGAAAUUUAUUUCUCAACUAUUAAAAAAUAUUGAAAAACAAAACAAAUUCUUCAAAAAGUCAGCAUUAUUUGUAUUACGUUCGGUGGUUAAACAUUCACCAGAGCUAGCUAAACUUGUGGUGAUUGAUGAUCCCAUUGGCAUGGAGGCAAUGAUUGUCUGUUUGGAAGAUUUCGAUCCUGGAGUCAAAGAAUCAGCUGCAUGGGCUAUUGGAUAUGUUGGCAAACACAACAGUGAUCUUGCCCAGUCAGUUGUCUCAGCAGGUGCUUUACCUCUUCUGGUGCUUUGUCUACAAGAGCCUGAAAUAUCAUUGAAGCAAAUAAGUACAUUGGCCCUUUCUGACAUUAGCAAACACUCUCUCCAACUUGCCCAGUCAGUUACUGACACUGGAGGAAUUGCAUAUCUCGUAAAACUUAUACAAAAUCCAGACUACAAAUUAAAACGACAAGUUUUUUAUGCUUUAAGUAAUAUUGCCAAACACUCGGUAAAUCUUGCUGAGUCUGUACUCGAGGCUGAUAUAUUUCCUGAUGUUCUGGAACACAUGGGUCAUCCUGAUGAAAAUGUACAAAAAGCUGCUGCCACAUUGACACGAGAAAUAUGCAAACAUACCCUUGAGCUAGCUCAACUUGUUGUUAACACUGGUGGAAUUGGAGCACUUAUUGAAGUUAUAAUAACAACACAAUCAGCAAGACUUCCAGCAAUAAUGUCACUUGGAUAUAUUGCUGGUCAUUCGGAUCAAUUGGCAAUGGUUAUUAUUGGAUCAAAAGGUGUAGCUCAAUUAUCAACAUUAUUGAAUGAUGAUAAUGAUGAUCAUGUACUUUCAAUAACAGUUUGGACACUUGGACAAAUUGGUAAACACAGUCAUGAACAUGCCAAGGCCAUUGCCAUUGAAAAUAUAUUUCCAAAAAUACUUUAUAUGUAUUCAAGGACACAAAGCUCAGAGGAUUUAAAAAGCAAAUCAAAAUCAACUUUGAAAAAUGUUCUACAAAAAUGUAUUUAUUUUGAGGCAUUGGAGCAACUGCUACACACUGCUCCACCUGAAAUUCUAAAAUACGUUCUCAAACAAUAUAGCCAGAUACUACCAAAUGAUCCAAAAUCUCGUCGACUAUUUGUGACAUCUGGGGGAUUAAAAAAAGUACAAGAAAUUUAUGCCGAGCCUGGUACAAGUCUCUCCGAGUAUAUUGGAAUUAUUAAUUGUUGUUUCCCUGCUGAAAUUGUCAGGUAUUAUUCACCUGGAUACCCAGAGGAUCUCCUGGAAAUUGUGGAGAAUUUUCAGCCAAGUCGAAAUUUGCCUGUUACUACUGGAAAUAAAAAGAAAUCUAAAGUUGUAACUUCAUCAUCUACAUCCAACUCUUCUUUGUCAUUGAAAAACGAAAAAAUUUAAUAACAAAU